UUGCAGAGGGAAACAAGGUGCCCCCCCCACACACUGAUUGGAAUCUCCUGGCUCUCACACACGCCCGACUGUCAGACUGCCCCCCCCAUACAUUUGGCGGCUGCCAGUUGCACAGAGGAGGGAGGCGGAGAGAGGGCUGGGGGGGCCCAGGGAGCGUUGAGGAAAGGGAGAGGCUCCCCCACACACACACUGACAGGAUAACGGGACUGGAACUCCGGGGGACAAGGUCCUGCUAGAGCCCACGAUGGAUCCGUUGGACCCCCCUAACCAGGAGGCAAAUUAGUGGGACAGAGCCCCCCACUCUUUCCCUUGGGCUCAGUCACUGGGGGGGGGAUGUGGGCUGCGCAUAGGGAGCUGCUGUAGGGGCCACACGGGCUGCGCAGGGGAUGGCCGCCUUGGCAAGCUCUCUGAUUCGCCAGAAGCGAGAGGUGAGGGAAUCGGUUGGACCUCGCCCCGUGCCCCCCCAAAGGAAAGUCUGCCCCCGAGGAACCAAGUCUCUGUGUCAGAAACAACUUCUCAUCCUGGUCUCCAAGGUCCGGCUCUGUGGGGCCCAACUAGGGACACAAGAGAAGGACUCCGAGCCUCAGCUGAAAGGCAUUAUCACUCGCUUGCUCAGUAGAGUUGGAUUUUAUCUUCAACUUCUCCCAGAUGGAACCAUCCAAGGUUCAAAAGAAGAGGGAAACCCAUACACGCUCUUCAAUGUCAUCCCGGUGGGUCUGCGCGUGGUGGCCAUUCAGAGCUCAGCUUGUGGUCAGUACGUGGCAAUGAAUUCCGAAGGUCACCUGUACAGCUCCCCCCACUUCACCGCCGAGUGUCAGUUUAAAGAGAGCGUCUUUGAGAAUUACUUUGUCACCUACUCCUCCACCCUCUACCGCCAGCGGAGCUCCGGCCGGUGCUGGUACCUGGGCAUAUAUAAAGAUGGCCGAGCCAUGGAGGGCAAUAGGGUGAAGAGGCACCGCCCUGCGGCUCACUUUCUGCCCAAGCUCAGUGAAGUUGCACUUUAUAAAGAACCCUCUUUACAUGAUGUGGUUAAAGCAUCUCCAAAAAGAAGACUGACCCCAAAACCCAGCGCCAGGCUCAGGGGGGCACGGUGAAGAGGGCAUGAAAGAAGGUGAAGGCCAGAAUAUACACCAGUAACCACCAGGAUGAGAAUGGGGAGGAUGCAGGACUUGCUGAUGAGACUGAGAUCCAUGGAGAAGUAAAUGUGCCAUAUUGGGGAAGGACUUUAGGUAUAAAGACUGAAUGUGGUUAAUGGCGGAGACCUUGGCUUUGUGCUUAUCUCUUUCUUUCAAACCUUCUCUGAGAAUUUUAAGAUCAGAUCCCACUAGCACUGGACCUGCCUCUGGCGCUGACAUGGACCAAUGUGGCACCCAUAGGGCUUCUUCUGCUCCCUCCUCUUGGCCUUGUACUUGGGAAUCAGAACUUUACCUCUUGGACUGAAACAACCUCCACAGACUUGCAUUGUGGGACAUCUCAUGGAACUUGAGACUAUACCUCUAGGACUGAUACACCUUACCCAGACUUGCAUUGUGGGACAUCUCAUGGAACUUGGGACUAUACCUCUAGGACUGAUACACCUUACCCAGACUUGCAUUGUGGGACAUCUCAUGGAACUUGGGACUAUACCUCUAGGACUGAUACACCUUACCCAGACUUGCAUUGUGGGACAUCUCAUGGAACUUGGGACUAUACCUCUAGGACUGAUACACCUUACACAGACUUGCAUUGUGGGAAAACUUAUGAAACUUUGGAAUCUACCUUUAGGACUGCAUUGGGGGAAACUAAAGGAACUUGGGAGAUUACCUUUGGGAACUAUACAACUUACAUAGAGGUGCAUCAUGGGAAAACUUAUAGAACUUGGGGGUUAUCCUCUAGGAUUGCUACUGUUUACAAAAACUUGAAUUGUUGGGGGAAAAUGAAAGAAUUUUGGAUUCUUCCUCUUGGACUAAUACACCUCACACAGAGUUGCAUCAUGGGAAGUCAAGGAACAUGGAAGUCAACUUAGACAGAGUUGCAUCAUGGGAAAUUCAAGGAACAUGGGAAACAACUUAGACAGAGUUGCAUCAUGGGAAAUUCAAGGAACAUGGGAAACAACUUAGACAGAGUUGCAUCAUGGGAAACUAAAGGAACAUGGGAGUCAACUUACACAGAGUUGCAUCAUGGGAAAGUCAAGGAACAUGGGAGUCAAUUAGACAGAUUGCAUCAUGGGAAAGUCAAGGAACAUGGGAGUCAACUUAGACAGAGUUGCAUCAUGGGAAAGUCAAGGAACAUGGGAGUCAACUUACACAGAGUUGCAUCAUGGGAAAGUCAAGGAACAUGGGAGUCAAUUAGACAGAUUGCAUCAUGGGAAAGUCAAGGAACAUGGGAGUCAACUUAGAGUUGCAUCAUGGGAAAGUCAAGGAACAUGGGAGUCAACUUACACAGAGUUGCAUCAUGGGAAAGUCAAGGAUCAUGGGAGACUCUCUUGGCCCAAUACUUACACAGAGGAACCCUCACGAAACUUGGGACUAUACCUCUAGGACUGAUACAAUGUAUGUAACUUUGUACCCCUCCAAUGAAUUCAGGGAAGUCUGAGCUUCAGCCCUAGGACAGUGCCCGGUGGGACGAUGGACUUUACCUCUAGGACUUUAUUGUGACGUUUGUUGGAUUUAUAUCUGUACCUCAAGGAAUCAGGAGCCCCUAUGUGCCAGGUUUGGGGACCCCUGCCUAUAUCUAUAUAUAAAUAUACCCUUAUGUUACUAUGCAUCUAAUGAUAUAUAGAGACAAGCCCUGGGGCAUCAGCAUUUACCCCUAGAGAUAGAUAAAGCAAUAAUGAUUCUGUACUGUGUUUCUACCCCAGCCAUAUGGGGAGGGGGGCAAAUAUCAAUAUCCGUGUAUAUUUAUAUAGUGAUGGGAACAUAUAUAACCGUUGCACCCUCUAAUCCUUGUGCUUCCACGCAGGAUCUUUGUAGCCAAUAAAUGCCCCAAUCAGCGGGGGCAGGACAGCCGGGAAAUUCUUCCUUUAAAGGGGAAGUAAAACGUAGGGUCCUUUUAGCCUAUUAAACUAAGGGCUGCGCCGUCAUUUCAUUUCAACCACCAAACCUUUGGGGGCGCUGUUCUGCACAGCCCUGGGGGGAAGCACUAGCAGUUGGCCACCUCUGGUGAGAAAUGGUACUGCAACUAAUAAUCUAUAAAUGCAUUUCUAGAAGUGCCCCCCAGAGGCCGCAUUUACCCCAUCACUUCUAGCAACAGGAAUCUGAUUGGCCAUGUAGCCGAACAGCUCAGUGUAACUCGCGGAGCAAUAACCCCACACUGUGAGUGAGCAUGCCCAGUUAGCCACUUGGCCGCCCAGGUUAUAGGUCUGUAAGAGCGGAAUGUGCUGAUACCCCCCCAGGCCAAUAAGCAGCACCAGCAUAACCCAAGGGAAGUGGGAGUAGAAUCAGCACAUCUUAUUGGACUGUGAAGGAUGAUGGGAGAUGUAGUCCAAGAGCAGCUGCUAGGCCUCGGCUUGGUGUAAAGGGCAAGUAACCCGUAUUACAUGGCACGGGAAACGCCUCACCAUCUCAUCUUUGUCCCCUCUAUAGACCCCCCAUGGAUACUCCCAGCAUGCUCAGGGGUCGCCACAAUGUUCAGCCUGAUAGGAAAUGUUCUGAGCCACGUUUAUCAGAACCAGAUCCGAUUGGCACCUCAAUAAAGAUACAAUUUCAUUAUAUAAA